AUGGCCGGGCUGGGCGGCGGUCCCGCCGCCUUCGGGCGCUGUACGCACGCCGUGGUGCGAGCGCUGCCCGAGUCACUGUGCCGGCAGGCGCUGCGCAGCGCGGCGGGCCCCGAGGUGGAUUUCGCCCGCGCGGAGCGAGAGUACCAGCUGUAUGUGGGUGUGCUGCGGGGCAAGCUGGGGCUGCAGGUGGUGGAGCUGCCGGCCGACGAGAGCCUCCCCGACUGUGUCUUCGUGGAGGAUGUGGCCGUAGUCUGCGAGGAAACCGCGCUCCUCACCCGCCCGGGCGCGCCCAGCCGCAGAAAGGAGGUUGAAGCCAUGAAGAGAGUACUAGGAAGUCUCAACCUCAAUAUAGUAGAGAUGGUAGAUGAAAAUGCAACCUUGGAUGGUGGCGACGUCUUAUUUACAGGCAGAGAAUUUUUUGUGGGUCUUUCCAGGCGGACAAAUCAACGUGGUGCAGAAAUUCUGGCUGACACAUUUAAGGAUUAUGCUGUCUCCACAGUCCCUGUUCAUGAUUCUUUGCAUCUGAAGAGUUUCUGCAGCAUGGCUGGACCAAAUUUGAUUGCUAUUGGAUCAAGUGAAGCUGCACAGAAAGCCCUCAAGACCAUGCAACAGAUGAGCGACCACCGCUACGACAAGCUGACAGUGCCCGAUGAUGCUGCAGCAAACUGCAUCUACUUAAACAUUCCCAACAAAGGCCAUGUCCUGCUGCACCGAGCUCCUGAAGAGUAUCCGGAGAGUGCAAAGGUAUUUGAAAAACUGAAGGACCACAUGCUGAUCCCAAUAGCCAACACAGAACUGGAGAAAGUGGAUGGGUCACUCACCUGUUGCUCUGUCCUUAUUAACAAAACUUCAGAAUUAUGA